AUGAAUCUGACCGAACAUUUCCAAUGCGGUGUGUGUGGAAAUCUAAAGCCCAACCCUCAAGAAGCACAGUGUUGUCACAAACUCUUUUGCCUCGACUGUAUCAAAUGUACCGAAGAUGACAAACACUGUCCAGCCUGUGGAGCAAACGCUAGCUUCUGCAACAAUGUUUUUGCAUCGAGAAUAAUCAACAUUAAGCUCAAGGAUGACAUCAGGCCUAGCAACAAUUCUUUACGAUCGCUGGUCACUUCGAUCAGUAAUACUAUUCGCCGUGCGUUUACUAAUACCAACAACUCCCAUUCUGAUACUAAUACGGAUAUCCCUGGCGCUUUUCCCAUCACCGUGUUAACUUUGAAUAACAAGAAAAUCGAUGUCAUUGUCGAGAAAAGUGACUCGAUCAAUAUUCUCAAGCUUAAGAUUGAACAAAAAGAUGGCACUCCUCCGCAAGACCAGCGUUUAAUUUUUCUAGGAAAACAACUAGAGGAUCACCUGGCCAUCUCGAACUAUAAUAUUGAGAAAGGCGUGACUGUGCAUCUCGUGCGUCGUUAUCAGGGUGGCUAA